GGGUAAUGUUAGAGUACAGAGGAUUCCAUUGUCUGAGCAUGCAACCGUCCCCCACUUAUAACUAGAACUCCCACUCAACGCAGUUUUGCAUCCUCUACUUCUUCUUCUUCACCGGUAUCAUUUUCUUCUUUCUUUUUCUUCUUCUUCAUCUUGUUUCUGGCUCUUUGUAAAAUGUGCCCGUCAAACACCAAUACCGGCAGCGACGAUAAUCUAAGUGCCGGAUUAAUCAUAGCCACCACCACCACCACCACCACCACCACCCCCAGCGACACCAAGCUGGCGGGCAAAAGAUGCUGGCGGUUAGCUCGGCAUAUAGAUAUUGGCGUCGUCUUUUCUCUAAAGAGAGUCCCUAUCGAAGCAGAAGAAGCUUCGGCUUCCUAUGUUCCUCUACCAACAACUCCACCGGCGUCGGCUCCGGCUCCGGCUCCGGCUCCGACUCCGACCUCAGGGGAACGUCACGUAGUGAUCGAGGUCCCACCUUCCGAGAGUCAGAAGCUUUUGGAAACACUCAGUGCCAUGGUGACAAACCGAGAUUUGAGUCGUCUGCGAGAACUUGGUGGUGUUCCCGGGGUUAUGGACUUGCUGCUAAGGCAAUCUUGUUUUCAGCAGGAGGGAAGUGACCCACAAGCACGGAUGAGUGGCAGCAACACUACAUGGGAAUCAAAGGGUUUCUUUUACUUUUUAAUACAGGCUUCCAAUAGCUAUACAAUUCUUCUUCUGUUUGUAUCAGCUGCCUUAGCCUUUGGCGCAGACAUCACGGAUCAAGGACUCAAAUAUGGUUGGCACGAUGGGGUUGCCAUACUCAUCGCCAUUUUCGUGCUUGUUGUUUUCCCUUCAGUUUCCAACUUCUACCGUGAAAGGAAUAUGUUGAAGAAGCUUUUGAAGGACAAGAGAAAAUUGGAAGUGAAUGUUCUAAGAAAUGGAAAUACUCAAUGUCUUCCGAUUUCUGAUGUGAAGACGGGAGAUCGAGUGUUUUUGAAGAAAGGUGACUAUAUUCCUGCAGAUGGUUUGUUUGUAGAUGGUGAAAAUUUUAUUUUGGAUGAGAUAUUGAACUCGAAGAUUGAUCAUGUUCGAAACCCAUUUCUGUUUGCUGGCUCUAAAGUUAUGGAUGGCCAUGGAAGCAUGCUUGUGAUAUCAAUUGGUGCAAACACUGCCUGGGGUGAUGAGGUUCUGAAAUUGUUUAGUACUCAUGGUUCAAACGAGAAGAAGCUAUUUCCAUCUUUAAUGGACAAGUCAUAUGCUUAUAUGGACACUCUGUCUCUUUGUAUUUCUGUAGUAAUUGCUUUGGUGGUACUAAUACGUAUACUAGUCUCUAGAAAAGAGAGCAACCGUGAUUUGCCAGAAUUAAAAGGAGAAGUUUCGAUGAAAUUCGUAAUGGAAGUGUUUGAGAGAGUUUUAUUGAAACCUCAAGGCAAGGUUUCCAUCUUGGCAAGCAUGCUCGUAACAAUUGUCAUAGGGAUACAACAUGGAAUGCCCAUUGUGAUUACUUUUUCGCUUUGUUGCUGGAACGAGAAAUUAGAGGCAAAUCAGGUCAAUCCUCAAAAUAUAUCAGCUUGUGUCUCAAUGGGACAGGUAACAAGGAUAUUUCUGGAUGCAAGUGGAAUUUGUAAAGAAGUCGAGGUUAAAGAAUUCUGGGCAGGUGAAAAGGAUAUAAUUAGUAAUGAACUGGGCAAUGAAAAUGAUGGAGAGGUUCUUGCUGCUCUGCAUCGAGGGAUUGGAUUGCCGCUGCUGCCUGAGGUAUCUGUUAGUCCAAGAAAUGCUCCACUAAUUUCUUGGAUGGAGGGCAGAUGGAAUUUGAAUAUGGAAAUUUUGGACAAGAAUUUUAUCAUUUCUAAUGAAAGAUUGAACUCUAGUAGCAGGGUUGAUGGGGCUUUAACGUGGAAAACCAGAGAUGAAGGGUACAUUCAUUGCAAAGGGGCUGCAUCGAUGGUGUUAAAAAAAUCUACACACUUUUAUGAUACCGAAGGGAAAAAGCAUGCCAUAGGAUCUCAGAAAGGAUCAUUUGAAAAAGUGAUUGAGAAUAUGGAAAACCAUGGUCUUAGACCCCUUGCAUUUGCUUGUAGAAAAACAGAAGAUAUUAAGGAGUUCAAAGAAGAUGGAUUGAACUUGUUGGCAAUAUUAGGUCUGCAAUAUUGACGUAUACAUGGGAUCAAGUCGGUGGUGGAAGCUUUAACAAAGGCAGGAGUAAUGGCUAAAUUAGUAUCAGAUGAUGAGCUAUCAGCAGUGAGAGCCAUUGCUCAGGAACUGGGAUUCUUUAUAGAGGGCACAAACAAUGUGGCUAUAGAAGGUCUAGAAAUUCGAGAAAUGACCGAGCCAGAAAGGAUUGAGAAGGUGGAUCAGACCACUUUGAUGGGAAAUUGCCUCCCGAGGGACAAGUUACUUAUGGUGGAGGACUCAAAGAAAAAAGGUCAUGUUGUUGCAUUCUAUGGAGGGUUGACAAUAGGAGAUGCUCUAGCUUUAAAAAGUUCUGACUUGGUAAUAACAGAGAAGAUCAGGUGCACUGAAAAGGCAAAAGAGCUUUCUGAUAUUUCCAUUAGUAAUUUUUCUUCAUUGUGUCUGAUUUUGAAGUAUGGUAGAUGUGCUUACCACAACAUUCAGAAGUUCUUUCAGCUCCAGUACACUGCAUUGAUAUCUGGGUUAAUAAUAUCUUUUGUUGCCACAGUGCAUUCUGGAGACUCUCCAUUAGCAGCACUGCAUUUGAUAUGGAUGAAUUGGAUUCUGUGCCUUCUCGGCGGCUUCAUGAUCGCAAUGGAUUUGGAAGCUCAGGAACUACUCAACGCUCAACCUGCUAAGAGGACUCGGUCACUUCUAACCAAAGUCAUAUGGAGAAACAUAGUAAUUCAGGUUUCGUACCAGGUUUCUAUCUUCUUCAUCUUCGAAUUCAGAGGACAUAUGCUCUUAUCCUUCAUAGGCGAAAAAGAUGUGCAGAAAACCAUGAUCUUCAAUACUUUCAUACUAUGCCAGCUUUUCAAUCUGUUCAAUGUCAUGGCCUUGGUAAAGAAGCAGGUCUUGGAUGUUGUUCUCCGCAGCUAUUGGUUUUUGGUUGCUUUGGGCGCUGUUGUGGUCGUGCAGUUCUUGAUUAUUGAGUUUGGAAAAGAUGUAGCCAAUUGUGUGAGACUGAAUGCACUGCAAUGGACUUUCUGCUUCCUUCUUGCUGCAUUUUCAUGGGUUUUUGAUUGGGCAAUAAAACAGGUUUUGGCUUCCUUCCCAAGUUACAGAUCUGCUUGGGAUUUUGCAAACAGGGGACUAUUUCCCUAUGUUUCAUAUUUGGGUUUUCCAAUAUUUUCCAUGUGCCUUAUCUUCUCUGUAUCAUAUUAUGUCCAUCCAAAUAUUGCAUAUAGUAAUUAAUUUCCUAAUAAGUCAGUGGAGGUUAAGACUAGCAGCAGCUUAGUAAACUGGGCAAUCACUAGCUGCUUAGUAAACUGGGCAAUCUCCCAAUAUAUAUGUAAAUAGAGAAAGUUCUAUUCGUUAUUCAUUUUUUCAAUUUAUUGUUUGCUCUUUAUUCCACAAAGUGUAUAUGUAUGCUGAAGUAUCAGUGGCCUUCACUGGUGUAAGCGUGCUUACUGUUUACUCAUUUGGCUGCGGCCUUUAAUCAGUUUUGGAUAUUAUACUUUUUUUUUUUUUUUUUUUCCCUAAGAACACUUAUGGUUUUAAGCGUAAUGAAAACAUGUUAUAUCAUUUGAUUUGGCAUUAUGAGCCUCUGUUAAAUACUCAAAAUAUGAUGUCCUAAUAAAUAUAAUGAUGCAAUUUUUAUUAUUAUUAUUAUUAUUAUUUGUUUUAUGCCGAUAUUUUUGCAUCAAUUAUAUAAUCAUUGAUCAAAUAAAAAAUUAAAGUAACCAAAAAAAAAAUCAGGAAGAGAAUUAUCAUAUCUAUGUUUCAAUUACCAAUCUAAAAUUAAAGAAAUAGUAUUUCUACCUUAUAUGUAGUUAAUAUCAUACUAUUAUAACAAAGUGACAAAAAUCUUAUAUACAAAAUCUUGUAACUCAAUUGUAAAACUCAAAACUAUUAUUAACCAAAAAAAAAUAAACUCAGUCGCACCGUACAGCCCAAAACCCAAAUCGAAUCCUUCCCAUAUAAUUUUCACUUUUUCAAUUCAAAUUUCAGUUCCUGCGCAAUGUCCAAACGAAGAAAACUUCGAUUCCUGCCCGAAGAUUUUGCGGAAUCGGCGAUCAUUUCCUUGCCGUCGAUGAACUCCAGAGAACGUUGAAUUGAAGAUGAUGAGCUUGAUAAGUACACGAAAUUUCCUAUCAAAUUAUUUUUUUUAUUUUAUAUUUCAACAAAUUUUUCGCAGUGAUUUUGGGUUAUUAGGUUCCAGAUUCAAAUAUACACAUGAAGCUGGAAUUUUUUUUUAUUUAUUUUUUUUUUUUGUACCUUUUGCUUGAAACUGGCAUAAAUUUCUUUGCUCAGAUGGUUCUAACUGGCAUUAAUAUGUUGUUAGUUAGCAAAUGGGUUUGUACUGACAUUCCACACUUUGUUUCAAUCGCAAUUAUUAUUAUUGUUUUUUUUUUUCUUUUGAAUUUUCCUGUUCCAGCAUCGUUAUGAUCAUGAAGUUUAGAAUAUCCCCUAUUGAGGUACCUGGUCAUGUAUGUAUUUUUAGUGAAUUAUGAUUUUCAUUUCCCAGAUAGAUUUCCAGCACUUAAGUGUGGGUUUCCCAACUCUAUCUUAAUCUGUUCAAUCUUCAGUGACUAGUGUGCUUGGGAUGCAAUUUUUUUCCAUACUAAAUGGGUGGAUGGAUCAUAUAGCAGACUGUGAUUGCUUUAAAUCGAUACAUUUGUCCUGCUCUUCCAUCAUAGGGGUUUAGGUUAGUAACAUAUGUAUAUGCUAAACUACUCUCCUUCUAGAAUUUUAAUAUUAACCUCUUUUCUUCAUAGUCAUUACCUGGAUUUGGCUGCGGCAAUGUAGUGGAUCCAAAACAAUCCAAGCUUGCAAGGUAUAGAGCCAUCGAUCUCUCUGCAUACUUGAGGACUACCAGGAUGGUAGUUGUUAGGAAUUGUUAGAAUUAAACAUGGUGUAAGCGGCACUUGAUAACCUGUAGAACAUGUCCAUACAAGUGAAUAAGUGGUAAUGCUAUCAUGGCCACCGAGAUGGAGCAAAAGAAAAGAGAUCCAGAGUAGAAGUGUCUUUGUUUCCUUUGGAAGGAUCAGUUUGGCUAUUAGAGAUUGGUCUGUUAGCAACAGUAGCAAACCAGUCUGCCAUCAGGUAUGCAGACCAUAAAAAUAUGUGUCAAAAAGUGUUUCUGCUUCUCUGGCCUAUAGGAUGCGAAAAGGACUAAGAAAACCUGUAGGGAGAGGUUAAUAUAUCUAUAUCCUAAACUAUUCUCUUUCUAGGUAUGCAUAUUUCUCAUCCAAGGCUCGUUAGUGAAUAAAAGACACUUAAAGUUUUCAAAAUAUCUUAACCAAAUGACCUUGCAUCUUUACCUUGUUAACAUUUUCUCAUGUUAAUUUUGAUGCUCUGAUUGAUUUGUGCUUUAGGUAGAUGGAUAAGCUCAUUGGGUUGCCUGAGAAACUUAGUGUGUGCAGCUAUUGCUUCAUCAGCUGCUUUUCUAGCUUUCCUUGGCCUCAUAAAGCAAUUGGGUACUGAAAGCAUAGCACAGAUGGAAACAAUUUCGUUCGAACAACCAAACUUGGGACUGACCAUGAGCAUCUUUGACAUCUCAGGAUCCAAAGGAAACUCACUCAUAAUCUCCCCAAGCUCUGUCAAGUUUCCAUCAUCAUCCAAUGCUCCUAAGUAAGUCAACAUCUCAUGCUCUCAUCAAUGUCUUGGGAGCUGGCAGAUCCAUAAAAUCAAAAUGAAGCAAAUCAUCAAUCACAAGCUUCUUCAAAGUCAACACGGUUUUUGAAAUAUUGGAUCUCAAUAUUUCUGGACAAGUUUGAGGCUCAAGUUCGUUAUCAAAACACAUUUGAGUAUACAGCCUAUAGCAUUUUCCUGGUCUAGUUCUUCCAGCACGUCCUGCUCUUUGAUUUGCACUUGCUUUGGAUGUAGGAGAUAGGUCCAAUGAUUCAAGACAUACUUUUGGGUUGUAAAUUUUUUGUUUAACAAAGCCUGAAUCUGUAACCUUAAACUAUUCCAUCAAUGAAGUUUCUGCAAUAUUUCUUGAUGCUACAA